AUGGGGAGAGCACCUUGUUGUGAUAAAACUACUGUGAAGAAAGGGCCAUGGUGCCCUGAAGAAGAUUCUAUACUGAAGACCUAUAUAGAGAAAAAUGGGACUGGAGGCAAUUGGAUAGCUCUUCCCCAAAAGGCUGGCCUAAAAAGAUGCGGAAAGAGCUGCAGACUUAGAUGGUUGAAUUACCUGAGGCCCAAUAUAAGGCAUGGAGGAUUCUCAGAAGAAGAAGAUAAUAUCAUUGUCAAUCUCUAUAGUAGUAUUGGAAGCAGGUGGUCUAUCAUUGCAGCCAACUUGCCAGGAAGAACAGAUAACGAUAUAAAGAACUACUGGAACACAAGAUUGAGGAGGAAACUGUUUGGUAAACGCAAGUAUCAACACAAUCGUCGUAAUGAAGUAGCAGGCUCAGACCCAGCAGAAAAAACUGAAGUGAAUGACCUAAAAGGGUAUGUGUCCUCACAGGCCAACACAAGUACAAAUAUAUAUGGGACACAAGCGUCCUUUCAUGGAGUAUUCCCCCAGCUGUUUGAACAAAACACCUGUACUCAGGUAGCCACCAUGGCUGACACAAGCCCAAGCACAUUACAAGAUACAUUUCAUCUAAAUCACCAACAAGGAUUUGAUCAGAAUAUGCUCAUAUCUGAACAUGAUUGUUCCUUGAAGAAGCUGAUAGAGAGCCUUGAAUCAUCUCUUAUUGAUCAUAGAAACGACAUAACGAUGAACACUUCUCAAAUGCAGCUACCCAACAGCAAUAGUAAUAAUAACAUUGAUUCUUCUUUAGAAACAAUGGCCCUGGAUUUAGAUGAGAUUGAAGCAGCCCUUCCACUGGAAUAUGGAAGAUUUAGAGAGAAUCAUGAAAAUUCAGAAAGCCCAACUGUAUUGGAUGCAGGAGAGUUACCUUAUAAUGAUGAUUCACUAGUGUUUUCUGCAAAAUCAUCUAUAAUUAGUCAUGGAUCUCCUCAUAGAAACUACCAAUCAGACUGGAUAGAGACUUUCAAUGCAGAGAUUAACAACAAAAUGAACUUGGGAGCCUACAUAGCAUCUAUGGAUUGGAAUGAUCUUUUCAACUGUACAAACAAUUAUGAAAGCUAUAGGAUAGUCCAGGAACAGAGAGAAGGCGAUUAUGAAGGAAUAUUACUCUAGCAGAUACUUCUUCUGCCUUGCA